AUGCAACCGUUUGUUCAUGUGCCCCCAGAAAGGUCCAGUGAGCCGAAUCUUGUUACCAGUGUUAUAGGUGCUUUAAGUGAUUACAUGCCCAGGAAUCAGUAUCGUACAUGUGGCUCUACAGAACAGGUGCUUUGCGUGAAAUUUGAGGAGUGCGAUACAAGCAGAUGUAGCUUAACCUACUCCACCAUUCUGUCUCUAGUCACUUGUAAAGGAUCAUAUAUAUGGGGGGUUUCGUUUGGUGGUAAUGCAACUCUACUGUAUUCAGAACGUAAUACACGCACAGUAGACCUAAAGCUGCUUCCCACUCCAUCACGUCCUGAUGAUUCAUUGUUUUCCAGCAGGCCUCUUAUGGCUAUCUGUGAUACUUUCAGUUGUGCAUCUUGUCAGUGGCAGGUGCAGUUUAUAUCUUUGUGCAAUCGCAAGGUGGUUUUAUCGUAUUCCUUAGAGUCUAAAGCACUUUCAGUCGACGCAAAUGACAGAUUUGUUGUAGUGACACGGAUUGAUUCAAUCACAGUAUUCUCAGCAUUAACUCUCACAGAGCUCUACACAAUUGCAUAUGUUAAAUCGACACUUUGGCCGAAUCUUUUGCCGAAAAGUGUGCCGUCCUCGCUUGGGAUUCGUUGGCUGGCCUUUGCAGAUUCUAAGCCUGUUUACCAACACUUAUCCCGAUGUGGUGACGCAAGCACAGACGAGUCACAACCUUUAACUACAACAGUAUUGAGUAUGAACAAGCGUCUGUGGGAUGGUAUUUCGGCUUUGGCCACCUCAGUUGUUUCCAAUUCAUUGGGUCCGAAUUCAUCAUGUUUACGAGAUAACCAUCUUGAUUCACCAUAUCAAGUUUCACAGACAGCUUUAUCAGAUUCAUUUCCCCAGCAUGGAUCUAGUCUAAUUACUUCAGAGGCGAAUAACUCAUAUACCAAUAUUUCACCCGGUUAUGUAACAAUAGUUGAUUUACAUGUGUUAAAUUGUCAGUAUGAAACUUGGAGAAAACUUGAAAAAGAUACAGCGUCAGUUCGUUUAUGUUCUGUUAGUUCUAAUCCUCCUGAUUCAUCAAAUCAACAUAGUGGUACGCAUCAAACAUCUCGGUCAUACUCUCCAAAUAAUGAACACACAAAUAUUAAAAUAUCAGGAGUGAAAUACUUGAAUGUUCAUGAAUUCGGUGGGUCAGGAGCUAUUGUUGCCCAUUUCAUGGCUCAUCGUUGGGCUGAUGUUGCUCUCUUAAAGUUUGAUCCAUCUGGAAGUUUGUUGUUCACUGCAUGUAAGCGAGGUCAUUCAUUCAAUUUAUUUCGUAUUGCUAAUCAUCCGUUUGACCAGCGUCAGACUGCUGUACAUCAUUUAUACAUUUUGGAACGUGGUAAUUUACCAUGUGAGAUUGUGGAUGCUACUUUCUCUCAUGAUUCUCGAUGGGUAGCUGUUAGCAGUAAUCAUGGGACUACACAUAUUUUUCCUAUUACUGCUUAUGGGGGUCCGAUUACUGUUCGUACACAUACCCGACCUCACGUUGUGAAUCGUACUUCAAGAUAUCAUCGAUCGUCCGGCUUAGAAGAAUAUCAUCUAACUAGACCACAACCUGAAAGAAGUGCAACUGACCCAACUGUAUUCAGUUACAACGCUCCUAGUAACUCGAUUAAUAUCCCCUGUCACAUUCCCCAGUCUAGUUCUACGAAACAUCCUUAUUCUAUACGUAGUCAAUCGUCUGGUUUCACCUCUAAUUUAUCUCGAGCUACUUCAAAUUUUUGUCAAACCGCACCGAUUGCAGGUUUCGCACCUCAGUGCCCACAUUUAGGAUUCACAGCUUUGAAGACUCCGCUCAAGGAAAGCCCUGACUGUUGUCUCAAUGAAGAAAAUCCCGGUCCAUUUUCUUUAGAAGAAUCCAGUGGUCAUCAUGUUUCUGGUUCACGAAAUUUUGUUUCUGACCAACAAGCUAUGCUGUUUUUAAAUAGUGAAGGAUUAUGUGCUUGUCCACCAAACGCCCUAUAUAACACUACUAAUUCUCGAUUACCUCCCUAUCCAGAACCUUGUAGAGUUAAAGCUGAAGCAAGAUUGAAGCCAUCCAUUGGGAACAGUGUGACUUCUAUUGCUCGAAGCGCUGCAAGUAGUGCUUUUGAAGCGGUAACACCUGUGAAAAAUGUAAACACAGGAUUAGUCAAUCGUCAUACAUCAUCUGUGAAAUCAUGUUAUUCUGAGCCUAAUAAUGUUUACUGCCCUGAAUUAUGCACAUAUACACAAUUACCAGUUAGUAGUAGUAGUGGUACAGCAUCUCGUUCUUCUUUCUAUUCACGUAAGCAUAAUCGACGUCAGAGAAAUGGACAAUCACUUCAAAAUUUAGAUCAAGAAAUAUCCAGUCCAACAAAAAUAGAAACAAACAUUGAAGAUAACGAUAAAGAAAAGAAUGAUGAUCAUCAUGAUACAGAUGAUAAUAUUGUCACUCCUUCUGGAUGGACUGCUGAAGAUGUUGCUUCCUAUUGGUAUAGUCAAGUUGAAAUAACUACACAUUUAGGACCAUUACGUCGUGUUUGGAUGGGUCCACAGUUCACGUUUCAUACCUAUCCAAAACAACGUGAUUGGAGUGGGUGUGAUUUACGAUAUUUAUCAUUCACUAGUAAUAGCUCAUCAGAGAGCAAUACACAGAUGGGCUCUAUUGACGGAAAUUUAACAACAGCAUUACAUCCUACUUUAUUAGACGCAUUCACAUUAAAUGCUCCGUUUAUAUUACCACCUAUAGUAGAUAUGACUAAUUCUGUAUGUAAUGAAUUCAUAAUUAAAGAUCGAUAUCCUGCCACAUUCAUACCAUCAUUAGACGGUUCCAAUAAUAGUCUAAAUAUGAUUCCAUAUCAAGGUUCUUCUUCAACAUCCUCUUCUUCUUCUGUUCAUCAUACCUUUAUUCAUCCACAUCCUCAACAUCAUCCAAAUAUGACUUUGGCUGCAAUUAGUCGUAAUACCGCUUCAUCUAAAACAAUCAUGUUACCAAGAUUACCAUCAGGUUUAUUACUAGAUUCCAAUGCUGGUUUUAGUAGUGCACAACUAAGAUGGCGUAAUUCAUCCGGUGAACCAACUCGUCCACUUAGUAUUGCUGGCGGUUUUGGACCAACUGGUGAACCAAUUGUAAUUGAAGGUGGGAGUUAUCAAGAUUCAAGUUUGGGCAGUUCUUUAUCUAGUUUAGUUGGUCGUGGUACCGAUGAUUUGGCGCAGUCGAUUGCUGAAGCUAUACAAGAUGAAGAAACAAACUGGAACACAGGUAAACAUUCUUCUAACAAUCUACAACAAUUGACAACUAUUAGCAGUAAUCGUGGUGUAUGGCAGUUCAGUGUUAAAUCUACUGCUGUCUCAUCAGGUUCAACUAAUGUUAGUGGAGUUAGUGGGCCUGUAGUAUUUCGUGUACCUAGUACAGAUGGUAUUCCAAUUCAUUCAGAGUUAACUGAAGCAGAUUUUCCCAGUCAAGAUACUUCACCAUCAUCAGCUGUAGACAAUUUUUCACCGAAACAUGAAUCUUCCGAGUUAUUGAAUAAUUCAUUAAUUAAAUUAAGAAAAAAUUCUAAAACACUUAACACCAAUGCAAAUAUUAUAAUACAUCAAAAUGAAAAUUUAUUAUCAAAUGUUAAUUUAUUACCGAAUAAAAGCUCUAAACGAAAACAUGGUAAAAAGAAAUUGAAAAUGAAACGUUCUCAUUCUGUUGUGAUUGGUGAUGAAUUCACUAAUUCGAUUUCAGCCGCAGCAGCAGCAACGACCAUAACAGCAAAAACAACAACUCUUUAUCUAUCGGAAUAUGAAAGUUUAA